AUGGACUUUUCUGCAGCUGACUCCAGGUCGCGGCCCCCAGGGUCUCCUAGCUCGCGCUCACAGCAAGCUCUGGUGGAUGAAGAGGAAGCAGCAGUGCAGGGCAACAAGGAAUACACACAGUAUAGUCCAGGAGAAAACCCGACUACCUCAAAUGUCCAUUCAAAACCACACAGUGUAGAUGGACCAUCGUGUUGCCCUAAUUCGACAGAUAAGAGGUUCUCCUGUACUGAGUGCGGGAAGUGUUUCCAUUCUAAAUUCAAUCUUAAUGUGCAUGAAAGAUCUCACACGGGCGAAAAGCCAUUUUCCUGUCCCGAGUGCGGGAAAUGUUUUGUACAAAAAUGCGAACUUGUCACACAUCAAAGGUCUCACACGGGCGAAAAACCGUAUUCCUGUUCUGAUUGCGGAAAAUGUUUUUCACAAAAGUCCAAUAUUCAAAUACAUCAGAGGUUUCACACAGGUGAGAAGCCAUAUUCCUGUUCUGAUUGCGGGAAAUGUUUUGCAGUGAAGUCCCAUCUUUUCAUACAUAGGAGGUUUCACACAGGUGAGAAGCCAUAUUCUUGUUCUGUGUGUGGGAAAUGUUUUGUACAAAAAUCACAUCUUGUCACACAUCAAAGGCUUCACACGGGGGAAAAACCGUACUCCUGUUCCGAGUGCGGGAAACGUUUUUCAGACAAGUCUUUUUAUCACAGACAUCUGAGAUUGCACACAGGUGAAAAGCCUUUUUCCUGUCCUGAGUGCGAGAAAUGUUUUUCAGACAAGUCCAGUCUUUACACACACCAGAUUUCUCACUCGAAGGAGAAGAGGUAUUCCUGCCCUGAGUGCGGGAAAUGUUUUUUACAUAAGUCACAUCUUUACACACACCAGAGAUCUCACACGGGGGAGAAACCCUAUUCCUGCCCUGAUUGCGGAAAAUGUUUUUCAGAAAAGUCAAGUCUUGACAGGCAUCAGAGGGCUCACACUGGGGAAAAGCCGUAUUCCUGUCCUGAGUGCGGGAAAAGUUUUUCACAGAAGUCCAGUCUUUACACACAUCAGAGAUUGCACACGGGAGAGAAGCCGUAUUCGUGUCCUGAGUGCGGGAAGAGUUUUUCGGUGAAAUCCAAUCUUUACAGACAUCAGAGAUCGCACACGGGGGGUAAAGCCAAUUAAUUGUCCUGAGUGAGGGAAUUGUUCCUCCCUGAAGUCCUGUCUUCCUGUACAUCAGGGAUCCCACACAACUCUCG